AUGGAACGAGGUUGCCCGUCGCCUAAACCCUGGGGCGUGGAUGUUUGCUCCGGAGCUGCGAGAGGCGGCCACCUGGUGAUGUUACAGUGGUUGCGAGCGAAGGGCUGUCCGUGGAACGAGAUGACUUGCGUAUGGGUCGCGAGAGGCGGCCACUUGGAGGUGCUGCGGUGGGCGCGAGCGAACGGCGCUUCUCAGAACUCGGGGACUUGCACCACUGCCGCGGAAGGCGGCCACCUAGAGGUUGUGCAGUGGGCGCGCGCGAACGGAUGCCCGUGGGACGCGAUGACUUGCGCCCUCGCCGCGAGGGGCGGCCACCUGGAGGUGCUACAAUGGGCGCGCGCGAACGGAUGCCCGUGGGACGGGAUGACUUGCACCGGUGCCGCGAGGGGCGGCCACUUGGAGGUGCUGCAGUGGGCGCGCGCGAACGGAUGCCCGUGGGACGAGUGGGCUUGCAUCAAAGCCGCGAGAGGCGGCCACCUGCACGUGCUGGAGUGGGCGCGCGCGAACGGCUGCCCGUGGGACGCGAGGACUUGCAGCUAUGCCGCGGGUGACGGCCACCUGGAGUUGCUCCAGUGGGCGCGAGCAAACGGCGCUCCGUGGGACGCGUGGACUUGCGCCAACGCCGCGAGUGGCGGCCACCUGGAGGUGCUUCAGUGGGCGCGCGCGAACGGCGCUCCCUGGGAUCCGGAGGUAUGCAAGUGUGUAGGGUUUGGUUUCGGGUCUUACACUUAA